CUUCUUUGUAGUCUCGACCUUUUCUUCCGAAAGCUACAGAGACCCUUGCUUGCUCCUACUACCACCACCACCACCCAGAUCACCUUCUCUCCUUCAUUUCUAACCUCCCAGAUCAUCAUCGUCAUCAUCAUAUGGCGAGGUGCGUCUCCAUCUAACCCAACAGCCAGACUUGCUUAGGGAAGACAUGGCAUAUAGACGGGCUGGGUUCGACCAGCAGCAGCCGCAGAGGCGGAUUCUGCGGACUCAGACUGCCGGAAGCUUCGGGGAGCCUAUGCUCGACAGUGAGGUGGUGCCUUCUUCUCUCGUCGACAUCGCCCCUAUUCUCCGUGUUGCAAAUGAAGUCGAAUCUAGGAACGCCAGAGUUGCCUAUCUCUGUCGGUUUUAUGCAUUUGAGAAAGCUCACAGACUUGAUCCCACAUCUAGUGGCCGUGGUGUUCGCCAGUUUAAAACUGCACUUCUUCAACGUCUAGAGAGGGAAAAUGAAACGACAUUGGUAGGACGAGCAAAGAGUGAUGCUCGUGAAAUGCAGAGUUUUUAUCGAGACUACUACACAAAAUACAUUCAAGCUUUGAAUGCUGCUGAUAAAGCUGAUCGUGCACAACUGACAAAGGCAUACCAAACUGCUGCUGUUUUAUUUGAGGUUUUGAAGGCUGUCAAUCAGACAGAGGCUGUUGAAGUUGCUGAGGAGAUUUUGGAAGCUCACACUAAGGUUGAAGAAAAACAACAGAUAUAUCUACCGUACAAUAUUCUUCCUCUUGAUCCUGAUAGUAAAAAUCAGGAGGCAAUCAUGAAAUAUCCCGAGAUUCAUGCUACUGUUGCUGCACUCCGAAACACCAGGGGUCUACCCUGGCCGAAGGACUACAAAAAGAAAGUUGAUGAAGACAUUCUUGAUUGGCUUCAGGCUAUGUUUGGUUUUCAGAAGGAUAGUGUCGCCAAUCAAAGGGAGCACUUGAUUCUCUUGGUUGCUAAUGUUCACAUACGGCAAUCACCAAAACUUGAUCAGCCGCCCAAGUUGGAUGAUCGUGCAUUAACGAUAGUGAUGAAGAAACUUUUCAAAAACUACAAAAAAUGGUGCAAGUACUUGGGUCGCAAAAGCAGUCUUUGGUUGCCAACUAUUCAGCAGGAAAUACAGCAACGGAAAUUACUAUACAUGGGUUUAUAUCUUCUUAUAUGGGGAGAGGCUGCCAACUUGAGAUUCAUGCCAGAAUGCCUUUGCUACAUUUAUCAUCAUAUGGCAUUUGAAUUAUACGGAAUGCUAGCUGGGAGUGUUAGUCCAAUGACAGGUGAGCACAUAAAGCCAGCCUACGGUGGUGAUAAGGAGGUCUUUUUGGAGAAAGUAGUAACUCCGAUAUAUGAUACUAUAGCACAGGAGGCUAAAAGGAGCAAAGGAGGAAAAUCAAAGCAUUCUCAGUGGAGAAAUUAUGAUGACUUGAAUGAAUACUUCUGGUCAGUUGAUUGUUUUAAGCUAGGUUGGCCUAUGCGUGCUGAUGCCGAUUUCUUUUACCAGCCUAGUAAAGAGCCUGAACAUGACAAAGAGAAGAAAAACAAACCAUACACUGGGCAUCGAUGGAUUGGCAAAGUUAAUUUUGUCGAAAUUCGUUCAUUUUGGCACAUUUUCAGAAGUUUUGAUAGAAUGUGGAGCUUUUAUAUAUUGAGUUUACAGGCAAUGAUCAUAGUUGCUUGGAAUGGGUCAGGGAACUUAAGUGCAGUCUUUGAGGGUGUUGUCUUUAAAAAAGUACUGAGUAUCUUCAUAACUGCGGCAAUAUUGAAGCUUGCACAAGCUGUUCUCGAUCUAAUUCUGAGCUGGAAGGCUAGGCGAAGCAUGUCACCUGUUGUCAGGCUAAGAUAUGUCCUCAAAGCUGUCUCAGCUGCAGCCUGGGUCAUUGUUUUACCCGUGACUUAUGCGUUUAGUUGGAAAAACCCAGGGGGUUUUGCACAGACCAUUCGGGGUUGGUUUGGCAAUGGUCCAACUUCAUCUUCUUUGUUCAUUUUGGCUAUUGUUGUCUACUUAUCUCCAAACAUGCUCUCAACAUUGUUGUUCAUGUUUCCAUUUCUUCGCCGGCAUCUUGAAAGAUCAAACUAUAAGAUUAUGAUGCUGAUGAUGUGGUGGUCUCAGCCUCGGCUUUAUGUUGGAAGAGGAAUGCAUGAAAGUGCUUUUUCCCUUUUCAAGUAUACCCUAUUUUGGGUUCUCCUGCUUGUUUCAAAAUUAGCCUUUAGUUACUUUGUUGAGAUUAGGCCUCUGGUAAAACCAACUAAAGAUAUUAUGAGAGUGCACAUUCAGACCUAUGAAUGGCAUGAGUUUUUUCCUCGAGCCAAGAAUAACAUUGGUGUAGUGGUUGCACUCUGGGCUCCAAUUGUUCUUGUCUACUUUAUGGAUACUCAAAUUUGGUAUGCCAUCUUCUCCACAAUAUAUGGAGGUUUAUAUGGUGCAUUUCGCAGGCUUGGAGAGAUUCGGACUCUAGAGUUGUUGAGAAGCCGAUUUGAAUCACUGCCCGGUGCUUUUAAUGAUUCCUUGAUUCCUAAGGAGAAAAAAGAGAAUACUAAGAAGAAGGGACUAAAAGCCUUGUUCUUUCGUAAAUUUGAUAAGAUCCCAUCUAACAAGGAGAAGGCGGCCGCGAAAUUUGCGCAGAUGUGGAACGAAAUAAUCAGUAGUUUCAGAGCAGAGGAUCUAAUAAGUGAUAGGGAAAUGAACCUAUUGCUUGUCCCAUAUGGGGCUGAUCCAGACAUGAACCUCAUCCAGUGGCCUCCGUUUCUGCUUGCUAGCAAGAUCCCUAUAGCACUUGAUAUGGCUAAAGACAGCAAAGAUAAAGAUAGUGAGCUGAAAAAGCGAAUGAAUACAGACAAGGACAGUUAUAUGCGUUGUGCUGUUAGAGAGUGCUAUCUUUCUUGUAGAAGUAUCAUCAAUGUUUUAGUUCGUGGAGAACGUGAAAAGAUGAUUAUAAAUGAAAUCUAUGCCAUAGUUGAUAAUCAUAUAGAAAAAGGAACACUGACAAAGGAAGUUAAAUUGAGUGCUCUCCCAAGCCUUCACGAACAAUUUGUUCAGCUUAUUAAAUAUCUGUUGGACAACAAAAGGGAGGACAAGGACCAGGUUGUAAUUGUUUUGCUUAACAUGUUAGAAGUUGUGACAAGGGACCUAAUUGUUGAUGAUGAAAUUCCCAGCUUGCUAGAUUCAAACCAUGGUGGAUCCUAUGGAAAAGAGGAGGGAAUGAGGCCCCUUGAUCAGCGAGAUACAUACUUCGGCACACUGAAUUUCCCAGUGACUCCACAAACAGAGGCUUGGAAAGAAAAGAUCCGAAGAGUUCAUCUAUUGCUUACGGAGAAGGAGUCUGCUAUGGAUGUUCCAUCUAACUUGGAAGCAAGAAGGCGCAUGUCUUUUUUUUCCAACUCGUUGUUUAUGGACAUGCCUGAUGCACCCAAAGUUCGAAAUAUGCUUUCAUUCUCGGUAUUGACACCGUACCAUUCAGAAGAAGUUCUUUUCUCCAUAAAUCACCUGGAAGAGGAGAACGAUGAUGGUGUCUCUAUUCUUUUCUAUUUGCAAAAGAUCUUUCCAGAUGAAUGGACUAACUUUCUUGAACGUGUCAAAUGUAAACCUGAAGAGGAUCUAAGAGGUAAUGAAGACUUGGAAGAGCAACUCCGCCUAUGGGCAUCCUAUCGAGGUCAAACAUUGACCAAAACGGUACGAGGUAUGAUGUAUUACCGGAAAGCGCUAGAACUUCAGGCCUUCCUGGAUAUGGCAAAAGAUGAAGAUCUAAUGGAAGGGUAUAAGGCUGCUGAAUCGACAAUUGAGGAACAUUCAAAGGCCUCGCUGUUGCAACAAUGUCAAGCAGUAGUUGACAUGAAAUUCUCAUAUGUUGUUUCCUGCCAACAGUAUGGAAUUCAUAAGCGAUCCGGAAAUGCUCGUGCCAAAGACAUUUUGAAACUCAUGGCAACUUACCCGUCUCUUCGGGUAGCUUACAUUGACGAGGUUGAGAAAACUAGUGAAGACAAAUCCAAAAAAAUGGUUAGGAAGGUCUACUAUUCAGCUCUUGUAAAGGCGGCUCCUUCCACCAAGUCAAUUGAUUCUUCUGAUCCAGUUCAGAGACUGGACCAGGAUAUUUAUCGGAUAAAGCUUCCUGGACCGGCAAUACUGGGAGAAGGAAAGCCAGAAAAUCAAAAUCAUGCCAUUAUUUUCACACGUGGAGAAGGCUUGCAAACAAUAGAUAUGAACCAGGAUAACUAUUUGGAAGAAGCAUUCAAAAUGAGGAACUUGCUGGAAGAAUUUCUCCAAGAACAUGAUGGUAGACCUCCAACGAUACUUGGGCUUAGGGAGCAUAUAUUUACAGGCAGUGUGUCAUCUCUUGCAUGGUUUAUGUCAAAUCAGGAGACUAGUUUUGUAACUAUUGGGCAGAGAUUGUUGGCUAGCCCUCUGAGAGUUAGGUUCCAUUAUGGCCAUCCAGAUGUAUUCGACAGACUGUUUCAUCUUACCAGAGGGGGUGUGAGCAAAGCUUCUAGAGUGAUCAACUUAAGCGAGGACAUAUUUGCAGGUUUCAAUUCUACCUUACGUGAUGGCAAAGUCACUCAUAAUGAAUAUAUACAAGUUGGUAAAGGAAGGGAUGUCGGCCUCAACCAGAUCUCCAUUUUUGAGGCAAAAAUAGCUAAUGGGAACGGUGAGCAGACACUGAGCCGUGACAUCUACAGGCUUGGACACAGAUUUGAUUUCUUUCGAAUGUUGUCUUGCUAUUUCACCACAAUUGGUUUCUACUUUAGCACCUUGUUGACGGUGCUUACGGUUUAUGUGUUUCUCUACGGUCGCCUUUAUCUGGUUCUGAGCGGACUGGAAAAAGCGCUGAGUACUCAAAAAGCUAUUAGAGACAAUAAGCCUCUUCAAGUGGCCCUUGCUUCUCAAUCUGUAGUGCAAAUUGGUUUUUUGAUGGCCUUGCCUAUGAUUAUGGAAAUUGGAUUGGAAAAGGGGUUCCGUACUGCACUAAGUGAUUUUAUAUUGAUGCAAUUACAAUUGGCCCCUGUAUUUUUUACAUUUUCACUUGGUACGAAGACCCACUAUUACGGCAAGACUUUGCUUCAUGGAGGUGCAGAGUACAGAGGAACUGGUCGUAGCUUUGUUGUAUUUCACGCCAAAUUUGCUGAUAACUACAGACUCUACUCCCGAAGCCAUUUUGUCAAGGGCAUUGAGCUUUUGAUUCUGCUUGUUGUGUACCAUAUAUUUGGUCGUUCAUAUAGAAGUGGAGUUGUAUAUAUUCUCAUCACCAUACAAAUAUGGUUUAUGGUUGGAACGUGGCUUUUUGCUCCUUUCCUGUUCAACCCAUCAGGGUUUGAGUGGCAAAAGAUAGUCGAUGACUGGACAGAUUGGAAGAAGUGGAUAAGCAAUCAUGGAGGGAUCGGAGUAUCUCCAGAAAAAAGUUGGGAAUCCUGGUGGGAAAAGGAACAUGAGCAUCUUCGCUACUCUGGGAUGCGUGGUAUCAUUACUGAGAUAUUGUUAGCAUUGCGCUUCUUCAUCUACCAGUUUGGGCUUGUAUAUCACCUCAACAUUACAAAGAACAAAAGUAUCCUGGUAUAUGGUGGUUCUUGGCUGGUGAUCAUCGCUGUUUUGUUUCUGAUGAAGGCUGUGUCUGCUGGAAGGCGAAGAUUAAGUGCAGACUUUCAGCUUUUAUUUCGACUUGUUAAGGGAUGUAUAUUUAUUAUACUCGUAUCAGUCUUUGUCAUCUUAGUAGUGCUCACCCAAAUGACGGUGAAGGAUGCCAUAGUCUGCAUUCUGGCCUUUAUGCCAACUGGAUGGGGAAUGCUUUUGAUUGCACAGGCUUGCAAGAAACCAAUUAAACGAGCAGGAUUUUGGCAAUCGGUUCAAACAAUUGCUCGUGGUUACGAAAUUAUCAUGGGUUUACUUUUAUUUACCCCAGUAGCAUUCUUGGCCUGGUUCCCUUUUGUGUCUGAGUUCCAAACGCGAAUGCUGUUCAACCAAGCAUUCAGUAGAGGUUUACAGAUUUCACGUAUUCUUGGAGGUCCGAGGAAGGGUCCCAACGCCAGCAAUAAUGAAUAGUAGCAUAAAAAAUUGCGGCGUCAAUUAUCUCAAUGUACAUAUAAAAUAUCUCCAGUCCGGCAUUGCUAACUCAGAUUAUUCAUUCACAAAUGGCUUUUGUCAAACAGUAAUUUCUGUGUAUUUAGAAUGAAUAGGUAUAGGUAUAUGCAUGUUAAUCAAGCUCUAAACCUUCAGAACUUCAGUUGAUUGAUUGAUUUGUGUGUGUGUGUGUGUAUGCACGUACAAAUAAGUAGUUUGUAUUUGUUUCA